AUGGAAUACCAUCAAGUUCCCUUCCUGAUGCUGUGUGGCGUGGCCUUCCUCGCCGGGGUGCCAUUGAACAGCUACGUCCUCUUCAUCACCAGCUGCCGUAUGGAGAGGACGGCCAGCGCCGUGUGGUUCUGGAACCGGGCCUUGAUUGAUUUCAUCUUCAUCAUUUUCCUGCCUCUCAGAUUCACCUCCUUCUUCAUCCUGGACUUAGAUUGGGCCAAUAUACUGAGCAGCACCAUCACCUCCUUCCACAUGUUCUCCAGCGCCUUCUUCCUCACCACCCUCAGUGUCGAUCGCUGCAUCCUCGUGGCGUGCCCUGAGUGGGCCCAGAACUACCGCACGCCCCGCUUGGCUUUCAUUAUGGUUUUGGGCUUGUGGGCCCUGUCUCUUGGGUUCAGCUUGCGGUAUGGUGAUCUCUGGGAAUCCCUCCUCUCAUCUGCCAGCACCAGCAUGAAUUUCCGAGGGGAUGAAGGGAGGGUGAAGGCCGCCAUUUUGAUCCAAUUCCUGUGCAGUAUAUAG